AUGUUGAUCAGUAGUGCAAAACAUUCUGUUAGACCAAGCACCAAUGAAAGCAGUAGUUUAAAUACGAGAUUAUGUAAAAACCUAUAAUCUAUGACACUAAGUGCAAGAUUCUAAACAGAAUUAUAGCAACUGGAACCAUAAAAUGAACCUUUUCUAUUCAAUUAAUAACGAUCGACUCUAAGUUCUGUCGAUAUGAGCAGAUAAAUUAGUUCAAAACAAUCAUUUAGAUCUAGUAUGCCAAAUAUUAAUCAUGGAAAUCAUAAUUUCUCUUAAAAAAGAAAAAGUGAAGGGUUACUCCUCAGAACAACACCUUGUCUAAUAUAUAUGCCUGGUCUUAAAUAAGAAGAAUUUAAAGAAGAAGCAUAAUCUUAACCUGCUUUAAAAAAAUAAUUUAGAGCCCCUCUUUUGAAAACUCCUUUAAAACACAUAAGCUUUCAAUUCAGAAAUAGAGACAAGGGCACUCCACUCGAAAAAAUAAAUUGA